CCCACCAAAUACUGGAACUCUUUCACAGUCAUUUAGCCCACCAAAUACAGGAACUCCUUCACUGUCAUACAACCCACCAAAUACUGAAACUCCUUCACAGUCAUACAGCCAACCAAAUUCUGGAACUCCUUCACUGUCAUACAGCCCACCAAAUGCAGGAACUCCUUCACUGCCAUACAGCCCACCAAAUACUGGAACUCCUUCGCUAUCAUACAACCCACCAAUUACUGAAACUCCUUCACAGUCAUACAGCCAACCAAAUUCUGGAACUCCUUCACUGUCAUACAGCCCACCAAAUGCAGGAACUCCUUCACUGUCAUACAGCCCACCAAAUUCUGGAACUUUUUCACAUUCAUACCACCCUCCGAAUACUGCAACACUUUCACAGCCAUACCGCCCUCUUAAUGCUAGAACUCCUUGGCAGACAUAUGCUACUUCAAAACACCCUUCAGAUGACACUGGCUCCUUUCAAUCCUACCAGCUUCGAAGUGUGGGCUUCAAUACAUCAAGGUCCAGCGUUAUCAACUCUGCCGAUUGGUCUUCUUAUUCAACUCCUAAUCCUACUAGUUUCCCUCAAGUUAAUACACAAAUGACCCGGAACCCAUAUUCAUACCGAACUCGAGGUUCACCCUCAAACAAUAAACCUCUACAACCCAAGCCGGUCUUGAAUUUUUACUCAUCGCCGGACAGUGAAUCUUCAAUGUUUCUACCUUUCGGACACAAACCUGCUGCCGCGCAUUUUAGUUCACCGCUCGAGCAAACAGUAACUGAACCUACAGUUGGCCAGAAUCAGGUUUCUAGUUACUCUUCCAUAGCACCUAGUCAUGGAGAAACCUCAACUUCACCCCCUAACUCUGUUUCCAAUCAACCGCCGAUGAGUGCUCGUCCUGUCAAGUAUAAUCCUCCUCGGAGGGAUCCAUGGGAAAGUAUCUUUCCGCAGCACCGAGAACGUAACUCUUUGUUAAAAGACACAGUCCCCUCAAAUAUAUCGUCAGAGAAUGAAGGGUCAAUUGUCUCUUAUUUGCCUCGCUUCAACUUGCCCCAUGUAGGGGCAAUUAGUCCUGUUCCGGCAGUCCAUCUUCACACCACUGUUUCAUAUUCUUAUUCACCACCCAACACCCACUCCCAGAGGUCAACUGCUGUACCUAUAACAACAUAUACAAUUCCUGUAGCUUCUCCAUAUUUUCACCGACCUACUCAUAUGUCAAGCUCGUUUGUAAAUCCAUUUUUAGUCCAAUCCAAUGACAUUGGUCCUUUCUCUGGGCAUCAAACAUCCAUGACAUCAUCCCCAUACAACAAUCCACUGGGAUUAAAAGACAUGAAUUCAUACGUUUACUCAACGCCGUUCACACAUUACCCUCCACUCAGCUCGUACAGGUUUCCACCAGUACCUAAUCCUCUAUCAACUUCUUUCCUAAGUACGAGGUUUCAUCCUUCCCUCGACCAACCCGAACAGAACUUUGGUCCAUACCAAACAUCCUGGGGCAUCGCAAACACUCACCCGCUCGAAAGUCCUCGCCACUUAGCACCUUUCAGAACCGCAAACCCGAGAAGUCGCUAUCGAGGACGAGGAUCGACCGGUUCAUCCUCGUCAAGACAGCAGCCAACCUACAGUGGUAGGGGACGGGAACUGACGCAGCCUCUUGGUGCCGAGGAAGACCAAAUGAAUAAACGUGACGAUGUCGAAGACCAACAAAGGAACUCGCAGCCGGCGACCAGCUACCCGUACUUCGACUUCUCCGGGCAGAAGGAAGGACCGAAGUUCGGGCAGAAGGAGGUACAAAGCUCCAAGGGAGUGAAGAAGGAUUUCGUCGGGGCGGCCAAAGGUUGAACUUACGUUACCAGCAGGCACGCGAGCCCCUCCCUUGGCCCUGGACCGUCGCCCCCAGCGUCGUUAGGAGACAACAGGACCCGUCAGGGGACAACAGGACCCGUCAGGGGACAACAGGACCCGUCAGGAGACAAUAGGACUCGUCAGGGGAUAACAGGACCCAUCAGGGGACAACAGGACCCGUCAGGGGACAACAGGACCCGUCAGGGGACAACAGGACCCGUCAGGAGACAACAGGACCCGUCAGGGGACAACAGGACCCGUCAGGGGACAACAGGACCCGUCAGGGGAC